UUUGAUGCACCGAACCACUAUGAAGACUAUGUACAUCGCGUUGGCAGGACAGGCAGGGCAGGGCGGAAAGGCUGCGCUGUGACAUUUAUCUCUGAGGAUGAUGCGAAAUAUGCACCAGAUUUGGUCAAGGCCCUGGAACUUUCUGAGCAGCCAGUGCCUGCUGAUCUGAAAGCAAUUGCUGAUGGUUUCAUGGCGAAAGUGAAACAGGGUAUUGAGCAAGCUCAUGGAACUGGCUAUGGUGGUAGUGGCUUUAAAUUUAACGAAGAGGAGGAAGAAGUUAGGAAAGCAGCAAAGAAAGCACAAGCGAAGGAGUAUGGCUUUGAGGAAGACAAGUCUGACUCAGAAGAUGAGAAUGAUGUUGUAAGAAAGGCAGGUGGUGGUGAGAUUUCACAGCAGCAGGCUACUUUUGCUCAGAUAGCCGCCAUUGCUGCU